AUGUUGAGAGGGGAAUAUUCAAUCGUCAUCGUGUACUGGGUGAUGCAAAGUCUGCCAGGUGACUUACUGUUUCCAAGAGGGACCAUCCACCAAGCUGACACUCCUCUUGGGACCUCCCAUUCCACACACGUGACCAUCAGUACCUACCAAAACAACUCUUGGGGAGAUUUCUUACUGGAUGCAAUUCCUGGCCUGGUGUUUGACACAGCAAAAGAUGACGUGGCGCUGCGGACGAGCAUCCCGAGGCAACUGCUGAUGCAGGUGAAUGCAGCUGACUCCACCAAAAAGCUGAGCAGCCUUUUGAGGAGGCUUGCAGACCACCUGGACCACACCAGGGAACUGAGGUCGUCUGACAUGAAGAAGGACUUCAUUGUGCACCGGCUGCCGCCUUGCUUGGGAUGUGACUCCGAUUCCUUGACUCCAGGUGGGAAAUUGCCAAAAAUAGACAGCAAAAUCAGACUGCAGUUCAGAGAUCACACUCUCAUCUCCGUGGAACCAGAUCAAGAGAAUGCUGAUGAAAUUCGCAGGGAGAUGGUUUAUGUGUAUCAUUCCUUAAGGAACAGGAGAGACACCCCCAUGGUGGGGACAGAUGACACUGCCAGUGAGGAUGGCACGGCCCAGGUUUGUUCCUGCAGACACACCAAAAAUUAUCUUUCCAUGGUGGGUUUUGCUGCAUGAGAUGAGCUUGCCCCAAAUGGCAGCAGGGCCUGGGUUCUGCCGUGAUCCUCAGCACCCAGAGCCUUUCUGCCCAGCCCUGCAGUGCCCAGAUGAGC